AGCGGCCAGGAGCGGCCCGGCCCGGCCCGGCGAGGCGGCAGCGGCAGCGGCGACGGCAACGGCGACGCCAGAGCCCGUGGGCGCCGUUCGCGAGGCCGCCGCGGCCCGGCCGCAGCGCGGGGAGGCCUGGGGGCUGGAAGCCGCCGCUGCCGCCAUGCCGCUGCUCUUCCUCGAGCGCUUCCCCUGGCCCAGCCUCCGCACCUACACGGGCCUCAGCGGCCUGGCCCUGCUCGGCACCAUCGUCAGCGCCUACCGCGCUCUCAGCCAGCCCGAGGCCAGGCCCGGGCCUGGGCCCGCCGAGGAGGAGCCGGUAACGCCCGCGGUGCAGCCAGACCUGGCCGCGCUCGUCCGGCCGAGCACCGGAGGACCCCGGGCCCGCGACGUGGCCCAGUACCUGCUCUCGGACAGCCUAUUCGUGUGGGUUCUAGUAAAUACUGCUUGCUGUGUUUUGAUGUUGGUGGCUAAGCUAAUCCAGUGUAUUGUGUUUGGCCCUCUUCGAGUGAGCGAAAGACAGCACCUCAAAGACAAGUUUUGGAAUUUCAUUUUCUACAAGUUCAUUUUCAUUUUUGGUGUGCUGAAUGUCCAGACAGUGGAAGAAGUGGUCAUGUGGUGCCUCUGGUUUGCUGGACUGGUAUUUCUGCAUCUGAUGGUUCAGCUCUGCAAGGACCGGUUUGAAUAUCUUUCCUUUUCUCCCACCACACCAAUGAGUAGCCAUGGUCGAGUUCUGUCUCUACUGGUUGCUAUGCUGCUUUCCUGCUGUGGAUUAGCAGUUGUCUGUUGUGUCACAGGCUACACCCAUGGGAUGCACACAUUGGCUUUCAUGGCUGCAGAGUCUCUUCUUGUGACAGUGAGGACUGCUCAUGUGAUUUUACGAUAUGUAAUUCACCUCUGGGACCUCAAUCACGAAGGAACGUGGGAAGGAAAGGGAACAUAUGUCUAUUACACAGAUUUUGUUAUGGAGCUCACUCUGUUGUCCCUGGACCUCAUGCAUCAUAUUCACAUGUUGUUAUUUGGCAACAUCUGGUUAUCCAUGGCCAGCUUGGUCAUCUUUAUGCAGCUGCGUUACCUGUUUCAUGAGGUACAACGUCGAAUCCGCCGGCACAAGAACUAUUUGCGAGUGGUUGGAAACAUGGAAGCCAGGUUUGCGGUUGCAACUCCAGAGGAGCUGGCUGUCAAUAACGAUGACUGUGCCAUCUGCUGGGACUCCAUGCAGGCUGCGAGGAAACUGCCCUGUGGACAUCUUUUCCACAACUCCUGUCUUCGUUCCUGGCUAGAACAAGACACCUCCUGUCCAACAUGCAGAAUGUCUCUUAAUAUUGCCGACAAUAAUCGUGUCAGGGAAGAGCAUCAAGGAGAGAACUUGGAUGAGAAUUUGGUUCCUGUAGCAGCCGCUGAAGGCAGACCUCGCUUAAACCAACACAAUCACUUCUUCCACUUCGAUGGGUCCCGGAUUGCAAGUUGGCUGCCAAGUUUUUCAGUCGAAGUGAUGCACACCACCAACAUUCUAGGCAUUACUCAGGCAAGCAACUCCCAGCUUAAUGCAAUGGCUCAUCAGAUUCAAGAGAUGUUUCCCCAGGUUCCAUACCACCUAGUACUGCAGGACCUCCAGCUGACACGCUCAGUUGAAAUAACAACAGACAACAUUUUAGAAGGACGGAUUCAAGUACCUUUUCCCACACAGCGGUCAGAGAGCAUUAGGCCUGCAUUGAACGGUCCUGUGGAGAGGCCAAACGGCGAGCAGGAGGACGGAGAAGCUUCCAUUCAGACCGAGCGGAUGCCGCUGGACCUCAGUCCUCGGCUGGAGGAGGCACUGGACUUCGGCGAGCUGGAAGCGGAGCCCAGUGAAGGGGAGGACUUUGAGGCCCGAGGGAGCCGCUUCUCCAAGUCCGCUGACGAGAGACAGCGCAUGCUGGUGCAGCGCAAGGACGACCUCCUGCAGCAGGCACGGAGGCGUUUCUUGAACAGAAGUUCUGAAGAUGACUCAGCCUCGGACAGCUGUCUCCCCUCGGAAGGCACGACCUCUGACCCCAUGACCCUGCGUCGAAGGAUGCUGGCUGCUGCUGCGGAGCGGAGACUUCAGAAGCAGCAGAGCUCCUAGCGCCUCCUCCCGAGCCGAAGAGGCCUGUCCCCAGCUCUGCCUGCUGAGUGAAGGAGUGGGCUCAACUGCAUUGCGCCGUGUAAAGC